CAACAUUUAAGGGUAUAUGCUUGGAGAGAUGCUCUUUCUUAAUGGGGCAAGCUCUUCGCAGGGCAAGAGGAGCGGCGGCGAGGUUUGCGGAGGAGAAGAGCGCGCCGAGCGAUGCCGCGCGCAAGGCCGUGGCGGCGGAGGACGAAGAUCGGCCGAUUCGGCUCUACUCGGCGGGCGUUCGCAGGGUGAAGACGAAGGAGCAGCUUGAGACCGAGGCGCGAUGGGCCGCCAAGGCGAAAGAAUUGUAUGGCAAUCCAAAGCCAGCCCCGGAUGCGAAGGCGCGGCUGCGAGCACAGCAGGAGAAGGAGACCGAUUAUCGCCCGGAUCCUCCAUUCGAUAAAUCAUACGAUCAGCCCUUUCCUGGUCACAAACCGGUUGAGCGAGAAUCGUUUGAUCGAGAAUGGGACCAGAGCGAUCGCACUUACAAGUAUAUGGUCCAGAAAGCCGCUGGACAAGUGGUAUCCAGGACCGAGAACGUUGGACCUGGAGGAGAGGUCCCAAGAGCAUCAUCACCGCAGCCAUUCGGGACCCCCGCGCCGCUGAGCCGAUCCAAAGUCGACACUGCCGACAGGGAGGGCCGGAUCGUGCCAGGCAAGCUCAACAUCCUCCAGCUGAAGCAGGCCUUCCUCCUCCACCAUGGCCAAGCCGAGGGAGCAGUGAAGCAACUAAGCGUGGAAGCCAUAGCCGAGAAGUUCGAAGUUAAUCCCGACCUCCUCAAGCGCGUCUUUAAACACACCUCUCUUGCGGAGGGCAAGCCCGUAGACAAGUCCAUCUAUAGGGGAGUAGCAAAGCCCUCCAGAUAAAAACUAGGAAUCUUUUACCAUGGUAUAAAAGAAGAACAAUGUUGA